UCUUCCCCCAAGGUCCCCGGUCCCAACCCAAGUCCAGAAACCCACCACCGCCGCCGCCGCCCACCGCCACCAGCACCGCACCGCACUGCACCAACCACCGCCCUUCUCCCCCAGAUCUACCUAGCCAGCCCGUCCCCCGCCUACGUAUUGCCUCUCAACUCCUGCCAACACCUCAGCCAGGCCCUCUCUCCCUCACCCGCUGCGCACGACCCGAUCCAGAUCGAGCCGCAGCUCCGGUGCCCUCCUCGCCGGCGGCCAGGUUUCCGCUGUCGCCCGGGCCGCGGCCCGCUGCCCGUCCUCCCUCUUCGCCGCCGGCCUCUUCCACCCAAGCCCCUCCGCGGUUCCUCCCCGACGAACCAGCCUCGAUGGAUGGCAGCGCCGCGGUGGAGCUCGCCGGCGCCUAGGACUGCACCCCUGCCUACACGAGCUGCAGCUCGUAGCUGCUGCCGGCGACCACGUUCCCGAGCUCCUGCUGCCGGCCUCAACUCCGUGUUGCUGAUGCCAACCAUCUCCAGCUCAAGCUGCUGCCGGAUAUCGAGUUGCUAUGGUGUUAGAGAGCUGUCCUUGUCUGCACCCAAUUACUUGACUGAAGUCGCUGAACUGAAAUGUUCAAUACUUGCCGAAACCUUAGACGGAGAAGGGGAUGUCUCGGACAGAUUGGUGGGCAAGAGCUGCACGCUCUCUGGUCAAGGAGCACCUUAUUCUGCUCUGUCAACCGCUGUCAUCGUGAAGGGUCAUGUUCCUGUUUUGAUGCCUCUUUUGUGCACCUAGGAUUAUGUUCUUGUGUACAUUUGUAGCUGAAACUUUUAUCAGGCACAGCAAGUUAAUUUGGUCUCGUUUCACGUGGCAGGGCAGAUGGCGGCUGCGCCCAAGCAUGUGAUGUUGGAGCUGGCGUCGUUGUAGGCAUAGAGAUGUGAUUCGCUGAGCUGCUGCUGCUGGUGUCCACUACGACCUGCUGCCCUUGCCUUACUAGAUUUAGAUGUGCGCCUUGGCGCACGAUCCCGUAAAGUUCGUGACAAUAUUCAUUUUAUAUAAGGGUGAUAAAAAUAGCUGCAUUAUUCUUAGGUUUACUGGAAUCAAUUAAGAUAAAAAUCUUCAUAACUCCUGAUCUCGUACUCUUAGUUAGUGGAAGCAAUAUAUUUUAUUAUUAUGAUGUAAACUGGAUUAUUUUUUAAUCUCGGUGAAUGUAAGACUCAAUUAUUUGUUUCCUAGUUACAUAGUUUCAGUCGGACAUUUUUAUUGUAGUGAAAAGGGAUAGAACAUAAGCAUGUG